AUGCGGCGUCGACGUGCAAUGAUCGAAGAGACAGUUUUGGAAGAGUGUCCGGAACGCGGACUUAUACGCGAGGUGGAAGUUAUUCUAGUAAUAAACAAGCAUACCAUUCUAAUCAUAGCGACUUCACAAGUCCAUCGUCAAGCAGUAAAAGAGGCGUACGCGAUAGCCGGCCAAAUUAUCGCGCACCAUCAGGCCAGGGAAAGCGCGAAGCGGUCAAUGACAGAGUUCCCAGUCCAAGAUAUUCUUAUACUCUCUACACAAUCCUUAUAUGAUCCGCAACAACCAGAAGGGUAUCUCAAUUAUCGAUCAAACUUCACCAGUCGAGGACGUGGCGCGAAAGCCGACAUUGGCAGAGCACCGUCACCGGUUCGAUUUAAGCGCACGGCUCAGAUAAAUAAGAACGAGCGGUCAUCAAUGCGAGCCGAAGGGGGACAGCGGCGAAAUGUUGGUAAUCGGCGAAGAAACGAUUCUAUUAACAGCACUCAAAGCGAAUGCCUACCGCAGACAUCGGAUAGACUCCAUAUCGACACGAAUGUUGAGACGAGAAGUGUCGCCGGUGAUGCACCUCCAUCUCCCUCCUUGUCGUAUAUGCAGUUGUGUCAGUCUUUUGAAUCAAUUGGUUCGUUUGACUGGAGCCGAGAGGUGGAAUCAGAAUAUAACGCUAAGCAUGGUGAAGAAAAAGACGACCAUUCUACGAAUUAUCAAGAAAGGGGCGAAACUCUACACAAUGGCUCAGCGCACAAGGAUCUCCCCCAUGGAGACGGUCCCCACUCGAGUUUUUCCAUGCGAGGUAUUCUGAGAAUACCUCCUGGGUUGCGAAGUGACCGAGGAAGAAAUAGAAAUGGAACACCACAGCUGAUUAAAUCCAGCGCUGGAUACAGUGGUGGAGGUGAUGACGUUCACAAAGAGAAUAGAGGUGGUCGCCUGAUGGGCCGAGUCACAGUUGAUCGAUCACGAAGGGAACCGAAUGCAACGGAGGCCAUACCGCUUGCAUCA